UCCAUCCCCGCUGCUGCUGCCUCCUUUUCAUUUGCUGCCUUUUCAUCCCGCCUGUGUGCGCCGCAUCCAUACCAAGAUCCCCUGACUUAUUCACCACAUGUCCCCGCUGCUUGCACCGGCUUUAAUUACAUAAUUGCCUCAUAUCAGCUCAAGAACAAACCCGGGGGGGCCACACCGCCGCGUCUGACCGGCAGCUGAUCGGCUCUUUGGACGGGUGCUGUUGCUCCACUCCUCCACCUAUAAGACCUCCUCCCUGAACAUCUCCCCCACCCUCACACACAUACUUGCCAUGCAGGAGGUGUAACCCUCCUUCCUCUACUUCCAUCACACACCAUCGGAGGAGACACAAAACAGAAAAACAAAAACAAAAACAAAAACAAAAAAUCCCAACCUGUAACUAGUCAAGAUGUCAGACCCUGAUGCCUCCUCACCGGCAGACCCGCCACUGCCACUCACGUCCCCCCGGACCCCCCUGCAGCUCUCCUUCCCCUUCCUGAGGGAGGGCAGUCGGGUAUGGGAGAGGGAGAGAAAACCUCCACAGCCUGGAGAGCUGCCCAGCCCACUGCCCACCAAACGUACCCGCACAUACUCAGCGACAGUGCGAGCCAAAUCAGGUCCAGUAUUUAAAGGAGUGUGUAAAAACUUCUCCAGGUCUCAGGGUCAUGGGUUCAUACGCCCCUCUCACGGGGGAGAGGACAUCUUUGUCCACAUCUCUGACAUUGAGGGAGAGUACGUGCCUAUGGAAGGGGAUGAGGUCACGUACAAAGUGUGCCCUAUCCCACCCAAGAACCAGAAGAUCCAGGCUGUCGACGUGGUGAUCACCCACCUGAACCCCGGCACCAAACACGAGACCUGGUCAGGUCAGAUCAUCAGCUCCUAGACCAGUGCUACAGGUUGCAAGGCGGCAAAGGCAAAGGGAAUUUGAAUUUAAUUUUAGGUUUUAUGUUUUCCGGGUGUGAGGUUUGGGACCAGGUCUGGCGAAGAAGGAACCGAGCUUGGCGUACCACUGAGUUCGGCCUGAGGUGGCUCGGUUAUGGAAGGGUGUUGGUGAAGUAUAAAGGUUAUGGUUGGAAAUUAAGCUUUGAAUGUAUAUGUUUGAAUGUUUUCCUUUGAAGGUCAUGGAUUCAUCAUUUGGGUUUGAAUGUUUUAAUUUAGGGUUUGAAUGUUGGGGUUUGGUGGUUAGGGUUCAGGGCCUUGUGCUAGCAUUUUUUACUUUGACCUAGGGAAUAUAUUUUAGUUUGAAAAUCAAUGUUAGGGAAACGAUCUCAUAAAUGAGUUGGGAUGCUUAAGAGGCCGAAUCACAUUUUGAGCAAAUUUGACCCAGUUUUAGCUAUUUUGCCACUCCAUGGGCAUACUACAGAGAGGAGAGUUUCAAGGGACCAGCUCAGUGGAGUUCUGGAUUUCAAUCCCACUUUUAUUUUUGACAACUAAGCAACCAACUGAUAAAAAUUACAUGCCACCAUUGCCAAAAUAAAGAAAGAAAGAAAAGAUCUGAUUGAAAACAUGUACAACUUAGCCAUAUUUGUCCGUGUUUACAACAACAGAUGGCGAUGGCUGCCUCGCUGUUUUAAAAGGAAACAAAGAGAAAAGUAAAUUUGUUCCUCUUUUUUAUGAUCGGGCUUGGCUUAACGUGAAAGGAACAGCUGCUCAGAUAUGCCUCCAUCUCACUGCCUUCGGAAAAUCGAAACAUUUUCAAGAUGCUUUUUACAUACCACAAAACCCUGAUGCCAAAUGAAAACAGUAAAUGCACUUACAGUGGAAAGUAAGCUUGACAGAGAUCCAAAUAGCUCUUAAUGUGUUCCGGCCUCAGGAGCUGUGAUAAGCUCCACAUAUAAGGAAUUAUUUUCCUUCUUAAUAUUGUAGCACUACUGUAUUUUGUCUACUUGGCAAAUGUAGAAAUCCAGUAUUAUUGUAGCCAGCUCCUAUGACGGUCUUAAGUUUUGGUGGUAGAGACAGUAGCUGGAUGUUGUGUGGGCCUGCCACUAGGAAACCAGGCCAGAGGGUUUGGGGUUAGGGAAGGAAACCAGAGAGGGAACAGGCAGAGGAUGGAGUGAUUACCUAUAGAUGUACUUGAGCACGGACACAGCUUGGUUUGAAACGUUACAAAGCACGUGUAAGAAAGAAGGAAGACCAUGAUCAAAGUCAGCAGUUCUCAACCUAUGGGUUGUCAGGUUAACUUGAUAAUGUUAGUUCAAAAUUUUGUGAAAUAUGCUUAGUUGUUUUCCUUGCUGAGAUUUAGAUGAGAUGAUUGAUACCAGUAUAUACCUGCAUGCCAAACAUGAAGAUACAACCUGCAGCUGGUUAGCUUAACUUAGCCCAAAGACUGAGAGACAAAGGUAACUGAAUCUGUCUACAAGCACCUCGAAAAGAUGUUAUAUAAGUGUUAUAAGAAAUGACAGUCUUUAGGCUUUGCCAAGCAAGCUGGCUGCUAACUGUAUAUAGCUUUAUAUUUAGCAUAGCUAUGACUGGUAUUGGUCUUCCCCUCUAAGGCUGGACUUUAUUAUUUAAAAGAUAAAGUUUUAAUGGCAAGAUUUUUUUACGUUUUAUAUUGUUGUGAUAAAUGACUCCCUCUUUUGAGAUUGUCUUGAUAUUGAUCAAGUAAAGCAAAAUAACAAUCAACCACAUCAAAUUUGAGAGAGCAAUGUCAAGCUGAGGAGGAUGAGCUGCUGAUUUUUAGGUGGAAAGUUAAACAUUGGGGAGUCCAGUAAGUUUCAUACGUCAUGGCAAAUGACUGUAAAAUAAACUGUUAAAAAAAAAAAAACAGAGCAGCAAAAGCUUCCUGAAAAAUACUAUUUAUUUAUUGACUUAUUUAUUUUCAUUUGUAACUAUGAAACCAUCAGGUGUUUGGUAAUUAAAAGCUGCAUUUAUAAGUAUUUGUGCAAAUUUAAGCCUAUUUGAAUACACUGCACACCUUACUCUAAUGAUACUACCCUGUUAAUAUCCCUUUGCUACUGUCAUGUCAUCACUGACGGGCAAAAAAAAAAAAUACCUUCAACCUUUCCAAACACAAGUUUCUAAUUUCUACAUAAUCCUCGUCUAAUUUUCAAUAACUAUGUGAUGUUCAAAAUAACAAGCAGUCUUGUUGUUUUGGAAAUCGGCAUGUUCUGUAUUGUUUGUCGUAAUUUUUACGUAGGAUGUGUUGAUUCUGUUUCAACAUGCAGUAACGCAGUCGGAGCCUUCAGAUAGGCGUUGUCGGGUCUCAUAUGCAUCUUUGAUUUCUUGCCAUGAGUGUGACUUAAUAUCAUAGUAACACACUGUAUCUGUUUGGUUCCUUUACUGUGAGAGAACUCGAUUGAGUUCGCAACUUUUAUUUUUGUCAAGUCUUUUGUCAUUAAGAUAAUGUUUGAAUAAAACUUACUACUGUAUUCACA